AUGGUCAUACUGAGCACGGAGAUAUGGACGAGCACCGAGAUCAUUGAAAACACUACUAUUGGUCCAACACAGCAUAGCUUAGACUUUUCUAACUUGGUUGAAAUAUUGACAAUUUUGGCCACAAUCAUUUCGAUCAUAUGUUCAUUGCUUAUAUUGUGGAUUUUCAAGUGCAUUGUUCGGGAAAACAAGGAUUUGGUGAUAUGUAUGGUACAAUGUCUGGCAGUGGUGAAUGUGGCUUUUGGCAUUGGUCAGAUUAUGGGAAUAACUUAUUAUGUCGGCGCCGUGACAUCAGAUUCGUUUUGUGUUAUACAAAGCUUCAUCUGCACAUUUUCUGAUUUGGUCUCUUACUGGUAUGUGGCAUAUAUAAUCAUAUAUGCUUUCAAUGUGGACGCCGGAUCACAAUGGAUGGAUAAUAGGAAGGCAAAGUGGGUGUGUCAUUCCGCAGCUUGGAUAAUACCUUUUAUAAUAACCGUAUCUGCCGCAAGUUCAGGGUCCUUAGGUGCUUCUUCAACACGAUUUGGAAAUUGGUGCUGGAUCAAGGAAAAAUCCCUUACAAACAAAGCGCGUCUCCUUUGGAUGCUGUUUACAAAACAGGCCUGGGAAAUCUCGAUUUACUUCCUGUCAAGUGUUCUCAUCAUCAUCUCGAUCUGGAUGAAGAAAAGAAAGAGAACGAAGUCGAAACAAAUGCGUCCCAUCAACAUGGACAGUGGAGACGAACACUCAACGAUUGAUGCCAGUACACGCAACCAGUCGAAAUUCAAGGUGAUGGUUUGGGUUCUACUGUAUUUCUAUUUUACAAGAAUAUGGGGUACAAUAAGAAAUAUGGUUCGUAUCGUUGGCCUGGGUGUUGGAUCGCCAGUGCCAGGAUUUCAAAGUUUGGAUGAACACUUUUUCAUACACGCCCAAUCUAUUGGAGAUUCUUUUCAAGGGAUAAUUAACUUCGGGAUGUUUUGUUGUAAUAAAAAAGUUUGGCGAAAAGUUCGAAAGAUGUUAUGUUGUAGGAGACAAGACCAGAAUACGGAAUCCCCUUCAGCUCUGCUUUUAGAUCACAGAAUUGAAAACAAAAGUUACCUACAAGCUUAG